AUUGGCUACCGGAGCAGGAGCCGUGAGUGGGCGGGGCUUGAGCUUCACGGAGAUUCUGGGAAGGCGAAAUGGAGGGGAGUGUGUCUAACGUAAUGGUCUGCAACCUGGCCUACACCGGAAAGCUGGAUGAGUUGAAGGAGAGCAUUUUGGCCGAUAAAUCUCUAGCUACUAGGACCGAUCAGGACAGCAGAACAGCAUUGCACUGGGCAUGCUCCGCUGGUCAUACAGAAAUUGUUGAAUUCUUGCUGGGACUUGGCGUGCCAGUGAAUGAUAAAGACGACGCAGGCUGGUCUCCUCUUCAUAUUGCUGCUUCUGCUGGCCGGGAUGAGAUUGUAAAAGCCCUUCUGGUGAAAGGCGCACAAGUGAAUGCUGUCAACCAAAAUGGCUGCACUCCCCUCCAUUAUGCAGCUUCAAAAAAUAGGCAUGAGAUUGCUGCCAUGUUACUAGAAGGUGGGGCUGAUCCAGAUGCUAAGGACCAUUAUGAGGCUACAGCAAUGCACCGGGCAGCAGCCAAGGGUAACUUGAAGAUGGUUCAUAUUCUUCUGUUCUACAAAGCAUCCACAAACAUCCAAGACACUGAGGGUAACACUCCUCUACACUUAGCCUGUGAUGAGGAGAGAGUGGAAGAAGCAAAAUUACUGGUGACCCAAGGAGCAAGUAUUUACAUUGAGAAUAAAGAAGAAAAGACACCCCUUCAAGUGGCCAAGGGUGGCCUGGGUUUACUACUCAAGAGAAUUGUAGAAAGUUAAGCAGUUUGGAUUUAUUCUUUAUAUGUUUUGUUGUCCUCUCUGUCCUGGAAACUAUUGUGUUGUGCACAAGGCAUCUUGAACUAAUGAACAUGUGUUCUCACCUCCAUAAUCUUAGAACAUGUUGUAUCGCUCCUGCUGAAGUACCUGUUCUAAGCUUCCCACCCACUUUUAAGGCAUCGGAAAACUGCUGGGAUUGUUCUAUUGGUGUCAUUUAUUGUUCUCCAUUAAAUCUUGAUUAAUAUGGAGUGUGUGGUCCUGUGGCUUUUAUGAGUCUCGAGCACCCUCCCAUCUAUCUGCUGUCCUGCUGUGGAACCAAACAAGUUCAGAAACAGGCAGCCAGUUGUUUUGUCUAGGUGGGUUCUACACAGGUGAAACAAAUCCUGACUUGUUUCUCAAGUUCAUGCAGAGACCUUUGCCAGAUUUCUCUUUUUUUCAACUAUGAGUUUAAUUUAUUUUUGUUACAGGGGAAGUCGUGUAUUUUAGUGGACCAAAUUUUAAGUUGAAGUGUAUGUUCCUUGAAGGAAAUACACUAUGUGCCAUGUACUUUUUUGACUAGCCAUUUUCCUCCAAAAUGAGACAACGGUUUUUUCAAAGAAAUAAGUGUCUAUAUUGACUCAUCUUGUAUUGAAAAGAAUUGUCAAGCUUAUUAAAGUGAUAUAUAGCAAGAUAUAUUUUGAUUUGUAUUUCAUGUACUACAAACUUAUAUUUCAAGUACUACAACCAAUAAACUGUUGAAAGAA